AUGGACAAAUACUACACUCUAGCCGAAGGCUGUCCUUUUGCCAGUAGCGAAACGGCUGUUCUGAUGCGGGGUCGAGGAGUUGGAGGGUUGGGAUUGCUUCAGGAUACCCAGCUCAUUGAGACCCUGGCCCAUUUCGCCCGUGAACGAAUUCCAGAGCGGCUAUGUCGUCCAUGCCAAAGCCGUCGGAGCCUAUGCUUCCUCAACGAAGCUGGAAAGAAGACGCCAUUGCUCCUGCGCGUGUCCACCGUUGGGCCUGAGGCAGGGUCCGCCGAUACUGCGCGGGAUGUGCAUGGGUGGGCAAUGAAGCUUUAUACGGAUGAGGGAAAUCAAGACUGGGUGUUUAACAACACACCUGUUUUCUUCAUCCGUGAUCCGAUCAAGUUCCCGUCCCUCAAUCGAUCUCACAAGCGACACCCACAAACCCAUCUUCCUGACGCAGAUAUGUUUUGGGAUUUCCACGUUGGCAAUCCCGAAGGCAUGCAUCAGCUUCUACACCUAUUCAGUGACCGUGGCACCCCAAAGUCCGUCCGCCAUAUGAACGCGUAUAGUGGACACACAUAUAAGUUUACUAAACCGGAUGGCUCAUUUAAAUACGCCAAAAUCCACAUCAAAACGCAGCAAGGGGUACAGAAUUUCACGGCCGAGGAAGCCACAAAGGUCGCCGGAGAAAACCCAGACUAUCUAAUUCAGGAUAUGUUCGAGGCUAUCAAGCGAGGCGACUAUCCUGUGUGGAAUGUCUACGUCCAACUGAUGAGCGCUGAGGAGGCCGAGAACUAUCGCUGGAAUAUCUUCGACAUGACUAAGGUCUGGCCGCACAAGGAUUUCCCUCUACAGCAAAUUGGUCGCCUUACCUUGAAUCGCAAUCCGAGAAACUAUUUCGCAGAUAUCGAGCAGGCCGCGUUUUCACCAUCGACCAUGGUCCCAGGCUUCGCAGCGUCCGCUGACCCUGUCCUGCAAGCACGACUCUUCGCAUACCCCGACGCAGCACGCUACCGUCUCGGCGUGAACUACCAGCAACUCCCCACCAACGCCGCAAAAGCCCCUGUCUACUGUCCUUUCCAACGGGACGGCAAGAUGCGCUUUGACGAUAACUAUGGAGGAGACCCUAACUACGUUGGCUCCUCGCUUCAACCUACCAAAUACUACCAAGACGUGAAAGGCACGAGCCCCCAGGCAUUGAGUCUGCAUACCGACCACGAAAAAUGGGUGGGUGAGGUUUCUGCCUAUGUGAGCGAGAUCACGGAUGAGGACUUUGUCCAGCCUGCUGCGUUGUGGGAAGUUAUUGGGCGGGAGCCUGGUCACCAGCAGCGACUUGUCGACAAUGUGGCUGCACAUUUGAAGGGCGUGAAGAAUCCGGAGUUGCGUAAGGCGGUCUAUGGGCUUUUUCGUCGUAUCGACGAGUCCCUUGGGUCGAUGGUGCAGGAGCGGACAGAGGCUGCGAGGAACGCUUUGUGA